AUGACGCAUUGCCAGUCGGUGGCGGGAACGUGCUAUUUGCUGUAUUCAGAAUUUACCGCACUGUCAUUCUUCAACGCUGAAGCAAUUAAACCUGAAACAUUUCAUUAAAUUAACAGUCAAGUCACUUACGCAGUUCGGUGUUGUAUUUAUUUUUUAUCAGAUAUCGAUUGGGUUAUGAGGCUGUCCUGAAGCUUUUGUUAUCGAACACAAUCAAGUGCGCGAGCAUCACCGGCGGAUGAACAGUAAGACCGCGUGAGACAGAUUUCUCCUAACGGAAAAAAAUUGAAAUGAGCUUUUUCAAUCUAGACCGGUUCCGUUUCCAAAGGGACAACGCGGCGGACAGUCACUCUCAAUCGUCGGACGGCUCCAACUCGGAUAAAGAGAAUAAACGGGCCCACCAAAGACAGACAGAUGGUCGAUGUGCAUCAGGCAAGGCAUCAAGACAUGCAUUAGAGGAUGUUUCUGCAGAUGACAAAGUUGUCAGGAUGAGCAAAGAUACAACAUCAGAGUCCAAGAACCAGAUAAGCAAGGAUAUGGAGGACAAAAUCAUCAAACUAAUGGAACUAUUCCCUCAAAAGAGCAAGAAAGAUCUACUGGAGGUGGUUGAAAGCACCAGCACGCUGGAGGGAGCUAUAGCACAUUGCUUGGUGAUUAAUGGAGAUGACGAUUCAGGCAGACGGAAAGGCAAAGCGGGGCAUAGUGAAGAUGAUGAUAACGAUCAACCAAAGAAGAGGAGAAAAAUUGUGCAUUCAGAAUCUGAAGAGGAGGAGGAGGAUGAUUCUGAUGAUGAUGAGGAGGAGGAGGAGAGUCAGGAGCCAAGCAGAGAGAGACAAGAGGCUCUGUUGAAGAAGCUGAAGAAGAAACUGCCUGAAAUAGAAAAAGAGCUGGCUCUAAUAUCUGGCUGCUCAAUCAAAAAAGCCCAGAAGAUCAUUUCACUGAGGCCUUUCAACACUUGGAAAGAUGUGAAAGAGCAGUUCUAUAAGGAUAAUGGCCUGUCUAUAGAUCUGGUACAUGGCUGCAAGGUUGUGCUUAAGGAGAGGCAGGUGGUUAGAGACCUUAUGGGAAGAUGUGAGAAGAUUGCACAGAAAAUGACUAAAGAUGUUACCCAGGUCAUAGAAGCAGGCAUGGGCUCCAUCAAGCAACCCAAAGUCCUGAACAGCAAUUUCAAACUCCAGCCAUAUCAGCUGAUUGGCUUGAAGUGGCUGAUUCUUCUGCAUCAGCACAACCUGAGUGGCAUCCUGGCUGAUGAAAUGGGGCUGGGUAAAACUAUUCAGGCUAUCUCUUUCCUGGCUCACUUGUACGAAAAAGGAAUCAAGGGCCCUCAUCUUAUUACAGUACCCUCGUCCACACUGGAUAACUGGGUUCGUGAGCUGGGUCUUUGGUGUCCCAGUCUUAAAGUUCUUAUUUACUAUGGGUCUGUGGAAGACCGCAGAUACUUGCGACAAGACAUCCUCAGUGGCUUAGUUGAAUUCAACAUCAUAGUAUCCACUUACAAUCUCACAAUAGGGAAUGACUAUGACCGCAGUCUGUUCCGCAAGCUAAGACUGAAGUAUGCUGUGUUUGAUGAGGGCCACAUGCUGAAAAAUAUGAACUCUCUACGCUACCGCCACCUCAUGGCCAUCAAUGCUGAGCACAGAUUGUUGCUGACAGGAACACCUUUACAGAACAACCUGCUGGAGCUCAUGUCACUCCUGAACUUCAUCAUGCCCUCCAUGUUCUCCAGCAGCACCUCACAGAUCUCCAAAAUGUUCUCAACGAGGUCAUCAGAGGAAGAAAGCCGUUUUCACAAGGAUAGAAUUGCACAGGCCAAACUUAUCAUGAAGCCAUUCAUUCUGAGACGAGUCAAGAGUCAGGUGUUGAAAUGGCUUCCACCAAAAGUGGAGAACAUUGAAAUGUGUCCCAUGAGUGAUGCCCAGCAGAAUCUGUAUGAGAAACUUUUCAAAAGACUCAAGAAGGCUCCGAAUAGAGACAAGCGGGAGCUUUGCAAUGUGAUGAUGCAGCUGAGAAAGAUGGCUAAUCAUCCGUUGCUGCACCGCCAGUACUACACCAGUGACAAGUUGGCUGCCAUGAGUAAAGCCAUGCUUAAGGAACCGACACAUUUUGAUGCAGACCCUGCACUGAUCCAGGAGGACAUGGAGGUGAUGUCUGAUUUUGAGCUGCAUAAUUUAUGUAAACAGUACAGCUCCAUCAGCAGUUUUCAGCUGGAGAAAGAGCUCCUCUUAGACACUGGGAAGUUUGCACUUUUAACCAAAAUACUCACCAUGCUCAAAGAAAAGGGUGAUAGGGUUGUCCUUUUCAGUCAGUUCACUAUGAUGCUGGACAUUGUGGAGAUUCUGCUCAAACACCUUGACCAUCAGUUUGUUCGACUGGAUGGUUCUACUCCCAUGGCAGAGAGGAUUGGUCUCAUCGACAAAUACAAUACAAACCCUGAAAUUUUUGUGUUCCUCCUGUCGACCCGGGCUGGGGGGCAGGGAAUCAACCUUGCCUCUGCAAACACAGUGAUACUGCAUGACAUUGAUUGCAAUCCAUUCAAUGAUAAACAAGCAGAGGACCGCUGUCAUCGAAUGGGGCAAACCAGAACAGUGCAGGUGAUCAAGCUCAUCAGCAGAGACUCGAUUGAGGCCUGCAUGCUCCGUGUGGGACAGGAGAAGCUGAAACUGGAACAGGACAUGACCACUGAUGGAGAUGAGGACGGUGCUAUGACUGAACAAAUGGCAGAGCUGCUCAAAGUCUCAUUGGGCCUUUGAAACCUGAAGAAUGGUAAAGUCAGAGUGGUAGUUGCCUGUGCAUUUCCCUCCACUCGUCAAGUACAAACACAGCAACUUGAAACUGAUUUGAUGUGGUUUAGGUAAGGAUAAGCAUUUUUUUCUAUGUUCAAAUGUUAGAGGUCAGUUAUUAAAUGCACACAAAUCUUGGACCAAUGUACUGGCAGUAGAGGAGGUUGCGUUACUCAGGGAUCACCUGAAAUACUCAUGUUAAUAUUCCACACUGGAGAUCUGUCAUGUGUGCCAUCUGAAAGACUGUAACUCACCUACCCAGCUCAGU